AUCUUUCUCGGUCUCUUCCUCUUCCUCUUGCUCUUUUUCCUCCCCUCCCUCUCUCGUGCAUCCGCCUUACCCAUCAUCCUUUUCUUUGCUGCAUUGCCUAGCCCCGGCUGUGGUCUCUUGUCCUGUAUUUGUUGGCAUUUCUGUCCUAUAUAUAAAUCUUUCCGUCCUUCCUCUUUCCUUCUCAAUCGCCUUUUCAUCUCCCCGACGGAAAAGAAGCCUCAGGCCCGGAAAAUUUUAUACUCUCCAAUCUCUACCCCGACUACGCCCAACUCAGCCCAAUUCCCAUAAUCAAGAUGUCUCCCGCUAUGGCCCAAGCCGGUGCUGGCUCUGCCGCUAAGGAUGUUAAGAGAGAAUCCGCGACUGCUCGUCUUCUGGGUUCCGGAACUGCCGGAAUUGCCGAGUUGAUGGUCUUCCACCCUGUUGAUACUAUCUCCAAGCGAUUGAUGAGCAACCAGACUCGGAUUACCUCCACCGCCGGUCUGAACCAGGUUGUCUUCAAGGAAUACGCCAACGCCUCUUUCGGCGGAAAGUUCACCUCCCUCUUCCCCGGUCUGGGUUACGCCGCCGGUUACAAGGUUCUCCAGCGUAUCUACAAGUACGGUGGUCAGCCUUUCGCUCGCGACUACCUCGCUCAGCACUGGGGUUCCGACUUCGACAAUGCUUUCGGCAAGGGUACCGGCAAGGCCAUCAUGCACGCCACUGCUGGAAGUUUGAUUGGUAUCGGAGAGAUUGUCCUUCUGCCCCUGGACGUCCUCAAGAUCAAGCGUCAGACUAACCCCGAGGCUUUCCGUGGCCGUGGUCUGUUCAAGAUCAUCUCCGAUGAGGGUAUGGGUCUCUACCGUGGUGCUGGCUGGACUGCCGCCCGUAACGCUCCCGGAUCUUUCGCUCUCUUCGGUGGUUCCGCUUUCGCCAAGGAGUACAUCUACUCCCUGAAGGACUACAACACUGCUUCCUGGAGCCAGAACUUCGUUGCCUCCAUCUGCGGUGCCAGUGCCUCCCUGGUUGUGUCGGCUCCUCUGGAUGUGAUCAAGACCCGUAUCCAGAACCGCAACUUCGAGAACCCCGAGUCCGGCUUCCGCAUCCUGUCCAACAUGGUCAAGAACGAGGGUGUCACCAGUUUCUUCAAGGGUCUGACGCCCAAGCUCCUGAUGACCGGACCCAAGCUCGUUUUCAGCUUCUGGCUGGCUCAGACGUUGAUCCCCGCCUUCGGCCAGGUCGUUUAAGAUGUUGAUGAUUAGCUGAUCCGAAAAGCGAGUGUCUUUCUCAUUUUCUACCCAUAUCCGGGGUUAUUUUUGACAUUAUUACUUUUUAUGUUCGAUUCGGGGCUUUGUUUUGGUGCUGUUAUAGAGCAUUCAUUCUGUUAAGCCUUUGUGUAUUUAUGAUAGACUCUUUUUUCCCUUCGGCACUGUUCCGGAUGAUGGGUGCAAGAUGGUAUGCUCUUGGAUACGAAAUACAACUCCUCUUAAUCAUGAA